AUGACUGUUGAGCACCUCCCCACCAUCUUCAGCAGGGCUACUUGUACUGACCGAGGAUUAUGUCCCGUUACGCGCCUUCGCAACCAAGUGGAGGCUAUCGAAAGUCAUUCGUUGUACUAUGAAGUACACGGUACCGGACCCAAGAAAGUGGUUUUCAUUAUGGGGCUCAAUUCGUCGUCUUUUGCAUGGGCCGAACAAGCUGCACACUUUGGACAAAAUCCGGAGUACUCUAUUGUGUUGUUCGACAACCGCGGUGUUGGCCAUUCGUCCACUCCUCGAGGACCGUAUACUACGAGUGGGAUGGCGGCAGAUGUCAUCGUCUUGCUUGACUAUCUCGGGUGGAAGGCGGAGCGACAGCUUCAUGUUGUGGGUACUUCUAUGGGAGGGAUGAUUGCGCAAGAGCUUGCCCUCAAGAUACCUGGUCGGAUAAUAUCGCUGACACUGGCUGUAACCACACCAGGCGGCCCUCCGUGGACCAACUUGCCUCCCUGGAAAGGUGCCCUUUCGUUGGCCAAGCUCAUGUUCACGACAGACAUCGAGAAAAAGAUACCCAUUAUCUUGGAGAUGGUCUAUCCAUUGGCGUGGUUAGAGGCGACCGCGGAAGACGACGAGCAAGGGCGGACAAAUCGUGAAAUCCAGAUCAUGACGUAUCGCAAAAGAAUGUUGACCACUGCUCCUCAGCAUUUCCUGGGUGCCGUGUCACAGAUGUCUGCUGGCCUCACCCACCAUGUAACCCCACCCCGCCUAAAAAAGAUAUCCGACUCGAUUCCCUACGUUCAUAUCGUCACUGGUGAUCAAGAUAAUUUGGUUUCACCCGAGAAUAGUCGACUGAUCAAGAGCUGUAUGCCCGAUGCUGAGUUGGAGGAGUGGGAGAAAACUGGCCACGCUCUCCAUGUACAAUACCCGCAUAAAUUCAACCGGAUGCUGGAGAGAGUGUUCGCGCAAGGAGAAAGGAGGUGUUAA